UUGAUUGGAAGUUGUAUUUACAAAGUACAACCCUUCUGGGUAAAAAAGAGUGUAGUACAAAACCCUGCAAACCUUUCUGUCGACAACUCUUCUUCUAACGAGAAGACCCCUAAAAACCCUAAGGUAAAACCGCAAAAAAACCUGUGUUCCAUCAAGAUGUUUGCCGUAGCAUCGAGAACUCGCACUACCCUACCUUCAAAAUGUAUCACCACCUCCCUGAGGAGAUCAUCAAAGACAUCAAGGGAGAACUUGCCCUCGUAGUUUGGUUCUCCAAACAGAUCAAUAAGGGAAGGAUAGGAUAGGAUGCUCUCAGAUCUGAUGAGAAUACGGCCUCUGAUGCAGCGGAGGUGCAUUGUGGUUGAUUUUCUCAAAAAAGCUCGAUCUUAGGCCUUGAACUCGGUGGAUGUAGAUACUCAAUCAAAGAAGCUUCUGGAUGCGCUGUUGAGUAUCAUUGUAGAUGAGUUCUACACUCAGCCAGAGGAUAUGACUGAACAAAAAUUGUGCUUCUCUGUUUCAUGUUUUGGAUCCUUGCGAUGACUAUGACUUUCUUCUUCAGUUCAAGAUUUGAAAACUCAUUCCGUGGACCUCCUCCGACUUGAACUAUAGUGCACGCUACUCAUAUGAAUUGUUAAAUUUCCGUUUCGUAUUGAUUGUGAUGUGAGCUCUCUGAAUUUCCUGGAUGGGAUGUAUAAAUUCAAGCUCUGAUGCCUUGGCCUAUGAUUGCGACAUAUAUAAGAUUCUUGAAGGACUUCUUAAAUUGCCGGAAAAUAGAGAAUGUGCUGACUGCAAAGCUAAAGGUCCAAGAUGGGCUAGUGUGAAUUUAGGCAUCUUUAUAAGCAUGCAAUGUUCUGGGAUCCAUAGAAGUCUUGGGUUACACAUAUCAAAGGUGCAGUCUGCUACGCUUGACACAUGGCUUCCAGAACAGGUUGCAUUUAUUCAAUAUAUAGGGCAAGGAAUUGAAGAUAAAGUUUUAGAUGCGGUUGUAUUCCAAGCCUGGAGUAAAAAGUUAGUUGCACCAGUUGUAGAGUUAGAGAUCCCUAUAUUGUACGGCCCAUAGAGCACUGGUUCAUUUGAAGAUAAAAUAUUGUAAGUAUAAGAUAGAUGAUAAUUACCCCUUAGAGUGUGAAAAUUUGAUGAAAAAUUGUGUAUUGCAUUACUUUUCUAAGUCAGAGUACAUUAGAUAUUUAUACAAGAUCUAAGAGUGUAACUAACUUCUAACUAAUCUCCACUAUAUACCCAUCUAAUCUCUAUAGUCAAUUAUAUUGUUACAUGUGUAUAUAAAAUCUACUAAGUGAAAAGCUAAUUCUAAACUACAUGUCACCCAAUAAGCAGGAUGAAUUAAUGGAUGUACAACAUUACCCGAGUGAAUUUUAAAGUAUUUUAUUGUGUAGUUGGCUUUAUUUUUAAUUUGUAAAAUUUUUCUGCGUAUUGCGCAGUUUAAAUGCUAUAAGUUUUAGUGGAUGAAACUAGAAGUGUAGCUAAUACGUAGUUAGAAAUUUGGCAAGACACCCUAGAAUCUAAAUGCUUUUGGUUUAGUAUGACUAAAAUAAGGCACAUAGAGUGUAAGUUUUGUAAAAGUAGAAACAAAAACAAAGGGAUAGUAAGAUUUGAUGGUCAAGAGAUACCAAAGAGCAACAAUUUUUGAUAACUUGAAUCAAUAAUUCAUAAACACUGAGAGAUUUUAUAGGAUAAAAGCAAGAUGGAUAUAAUGGAGAAGUGCAUAAGAAGUGUUGUACGAUUGUAGAAUACCUAUUAAGCUAAAAAGAAUAUUUUAUAAGACUGUUAUAUGAC